CCAGAAGAAAGGCUUGGCUUGACAUAAGGCGACUUAUUUUGGAUUUCUGGUCACAGGAUAGCAGCUGGGUGUUUCCGUCGAUUGUGUCGUCUGAUCGCAUGGUAGACAGUAAUUUUGGGUACCCAUUUUGUGCGUUUGGCCGGGUGCAAGCCUUCGAGGACCGCGAUGUCAUCAGAAAAGUUCGAGGACCUCGAGGAGGACUUCGUUUCACUUAUGGAAGACAUACGGCGCAAACUGGAGAAUGCAAAGGGACGGGGUGGUGUCGCCGAAAGCAAGAAGUCUCUGCUUCGUGAAGUGCAGCGCAAAGUGGACCAAGCCAGCAGCGUCUUGCAAGAGCUAGAGCAAGAGGCGAGGGCGGCGCCGAACCCUUACCGCGUGCACAUGAAUUCCAAGACGCGAAAGUAUCGCUCGGAAUUGGACGAUGUGAACAAGACCGCGGCGUCCCUGGCUGGCGGCGUCACGCACGUCACCAUUGCAAGGCAGGACCUGUUAAGUCCGUCCAGCGUUCUCGGUGAUUUUGGCGCCGGCGACCCUCAACGGAGCAGACUUUUGCAGAUGAACGAAACGUUAGACAGAACCACAGAUAGUCUGGCAAGAACUUUCCAAGUGGCCGCUGAAACUGACCAAAUUGGGACGGCUGUAGCCGAGGAACUUCGCACUCAGAGGGAGUCUUUAGUGCGCACGAAAGAGAGGCUAGAAGAGACCGAUCAAAACCUCACCACGGCCCGCAAGAUAUUGCGCACCAUGUACAGACGUGUUAUGACGAACAAAUUGAUCCUAAUCGUGAUUAUUGUUAUCGAGAUUUGUAUCCUGGGGGCCCUGAUAUACUGGAAGUUUAUCAUGAAAUGAAGGCCUGAAGUGAAGUGUUAUCGUGAAGUUGCGAGAUUGCUCGCCGUGUCUGACUGUCGAGACAACUGAUCUUGUUACUUUCUUCUGUGCUCCCAACUGUAAACAUGAAACAAAAUGUUGUAAGUUUAUAAAUGUGGUUGUCGUGACAUAACAAGUUAGUUUUACGGGACCUAAUUAAAGCUUACAGGUUUUUCUUUUUUUAAUGCGCAUCAUGCAGCUUUUCUAAAAUGUUAAAUGUUUCAGACAGCUUGUUUUCGUGCAUGCCUUUUCACUAGCGUGGCGAUAAAUUUAUUACUUUAUAA